AUGGACUCGGAAGACGGAGAGAUCUUCAUAAAGCAACUCGCCAACUUCGUGCGCACCCACGAAAAGGCCCUUGCUAAUGCGCUCCAGUUCCAGCGCAAAAGUGCCCCUCGCCAUGGCCCCUCCCACAGCGUUUCCUCUGUCCCGACUUUCACCGUUCCCCCUUCUCCCUCGGUCCCCGAACGGCCUGCCACAUCUUCGUCCGCCUCAAGUGCCCUAGCUGCUGCCCUCUCCUUCGGCGCCCUCAGCUUCGCAUCCCACAGUAGCAAGUCGGCCAAGCUGGCCCUAACCCCACACCAUCUCUUCUACCUGCUCUCACGCUUCGAGGAGCUCGGCAUCCCAGUUGGGCCCAUGAGGGUCCGUCUUGAAAACCUCCACGACAGCACGGCAUCGGCGAACUAUGUGUCAUUCCUCAGCCAGGCCCAUCGUUCCAAGACCCGGGCCUCCGAUACCAUCUCCAUCCGUUCGGUCUCGAGUAUCAGGAGUGUAGUGUCUGGCAUGUCUGCCCUCUGGGCCAGCCUCGGAUUCGGCUCAAGCAUCUCUGCCGCUCGCACGGAGAAGCAGAAAGCGGCCAUCCAAGCUGACCUCAAGUAUCUGUAUUCCGCCUUCACCAAGAUCCCAUGCCUGCGCCUCGCCCCAGACUGGCAGGCCCGGCUCAUUAAGGGCUACGAAGAAUUCCCUUUUGAUUCUGCCGUGCCGCUUUAUGUAUUCAAGAAUGUACAGGCCCUCGAGGUGUACGACAUCGACUUCCGGCAGUUCUUCGGCUGGGACAGGCUUGCCGAACAACUGCGAUCCCUCACGCUCAGACGUGCCUCCAUUGAUGACCCGGCAGAUGUCCUGAUCGAUAUCGUGCUAGAUGACAUGGACAGGCGGCGUCGCCGCACAUCCAAGACCCAAGGCUCGCCGUCUCGUCAGGCGCUGGGCAACCCCAGCCCUCGGCGGAGCCCAACUGUGUCAAGCAGUGACCUCCACAAGACCAUCUCAGUCCCAGCCUCUCUUGAUGCCAGAAAGUCCACUGUGGACCUGCCUGUUGGGUCGUUGCCCAGCGAGGUUGGACGUGACCAGGAGGUUGCACGUGUCCCAGAGAACCGCAGACACUCCAUUGCCCGCAUCGACGGCGAUGAGCCCAGGUCGCCAGCUGUGGAAGAGAGCCGUACUCGGAGCUAUUCUCCUCGACGACCUGCUGGCGCCCGAACUGGGCCGAGUAACGUGCGUGGUGCUCACAAGGUCCGGAGAUCUGGGUCUGGCAGCUCUCACUCGAGUCUUUCGGACUCGUGGUACGGAUCUCGCGGGAGCUCAUCCAACUUGCUGACUACGGGCGCUCUGCCCCCUGCCAAGUGGCGCUUCUUGAAGCACCUGAGCCUUGCCGAAAACGCGCUUACCGUGAUUCCCGCGGCCAGCCUAGCUCCUCUUGCUAAUACGCUUCACUCCCUCGACCUCUCCUACAACCUCUUUACGCAGAUUCCAGACAGCCUUGCUACCCUAACCGCACUCCGUGCUCUCAACCUAGCUCAUUGCAUGAUCGAGUCACUGCAUUCACUCACCAGAAACCCUCUGCCAGCUAUCACAGCUCUGAACUUGCGCGGCAACCGGCUACAGUCUAUUGCAGGCAUCGAGAAACUCCUUCCCCUCGAGAGACUAGACCUGAGAGAUAAUCGUAUUAUCGACCCCAUGGAGUUGGCUCGUCUGACGGGGCUUCCUGAAAUCCGGGAGAUCUACGUCGAGGGCAACCCCUUCGUCAAGACUCACCGCGAUUAUCGUAUCACCAUCUUCAACCUAUUCCGCAAGACUCCCGGCUACACUGAGGAUCCCAUUAUCGACUCUAGCGGACCCAGCUACUCCGAGAAGCGAUACCUGGUCGAGCGUGCCGAAGUCCCUCCCGCCGUUCCUGUCGUGAAGCCGCCGGCUCUCGAAAUCCCUGCUGUCGAUGUGAGCAGCAAGUCUACUCCUGUCCACGAACCCCAUCCUCCUCGCGAGCCAGCAGUCCUCCGGAAAGAGAGGCCCGUACCGAGGAGCUCACCCAGCGAAGUUCCCACGAGCCCAACUCGCCGCCGCAAGGCCCCGAGGCGCCGUAUUGUCGAUCUCGCUACCAACGAUAUCGUCGCGCCGCAGAAGGAGGUUGUCGAUCAUCCCGCGCCUAGUGUCAAGUCCCCUGCCUUGGAGGACGAAAGCAACUACCGCACUUCAAAACCAUCAGACCCGCAGCCUGUUCCACAACGUCCUAACACCGAGACAAAGUCCAUUCCAACCGCGCAAACCACGGCACACCUUGAGAUCCCGCGAAUCGACACAAGCGUCGCCGACCAAGUCCCUAUUGUCUCAUCGUCAUCGCCCAAGAGCAACAUCGACUGGGAUCCAAUCCGAGCCGAGUCGUACCGUCCGUCGAUUGGCGAGUCCUUGCUUCGUGGCAACACUGAGACUGUGAAUGGCAACACCAAUUUGGAUGUCAACGGCAACAGCUAUCGACCAAGCAGCAUCCUAGAUGAGGAUAACCGCGGUUGGACGUCAGACCUGGCAUCCUCUUUGCCGCCUGCACCUCCGAGGGAUUUUGCUAUUAACGGCUCGAACCUGAAGGUGGAAGAGUUUGCUUUUGGCAGCGGGAGUCCCACAUCCCUGCCGGCGUCAGCACCUGGCUCAGGAAUGACGAGCAUGCCGACGAUUCAUGCAGAGUCGAUUGUUGCCACAGCGGCGGUGGUUCCGCGGGCAGUGGGAUAA